AUGUCGUGCGGGGUGCCAGAUAACGUGGCGGCUGCGACGGUAGUAUACAACACUACAGUCGCCACGUACACGUGCAUAUCAGGAUAUUCCAUGACAGGGAGCAAUCAGAUUUAUUGUUCCGGCAGCACUUGGACCGGAACAGCCCCAACAUGCACUUUUAUUCAACAAGCAGACGACAUUGACACCAAUGUCAAUGUUUAUGACUCCGACAUGCCGGACUGGCUGCUUGGUGUAUUGGCUGCACUGGCUUGUGUUUUCGCUCUAUUGCUGUUGACAUGUAUCAUCUGCUGUUGCAUGUACAUGUGUGGUUGUGUGACCGGACCUCUUGGUUCCAGUGCCGUACACCCUUUACAUAGCAAUAGGUCGACAUGCUGUUGUUGUAACCAACGGCGACGGAGGAGAAGGAGAGGUGACGAUUUCUAUGACAGCAGAUCUUCGAGUGUCGUGGACAUGCGCAAUGGACAUAGGAAUGACCAGGAAGUACGGAUAGCGGGUUUCAAUUACGGAAAGUCCAAGAAAGGAUAUCCCAAGACGACACAUGUAGCUGAGGCGAAUUCAACUCCAGAUAGCGGGAUGGAUUCAGCGCGUACUGCAGAGUCGCCUACUUUUGUCAACAACAACAGUCAGGCCACAACCAUACAGGAACUGAUCCUCAGGGACAAACGUAAUCAGCCGGCCAAGGAAGUGAAAAAGUGGAUGCCACAUUCCCAUAACAUCCGUAACAUCAACACGAGUACAAAAUAGUGGAAAAGUGACUGACGUAUUACCAAACCAACUUUAGUGCUAAAUAAUGAAACAGUGUGGAAGUAACAGACAUGUUACCGUAUCAAACUUUGUACUAAAUAAGGAAACAAUGUGAAAUUGAGAGACGUGUUAACUUGUCAACCUCAGUACAAAAUAUUAAAACGACGACAGAGUUGUUGCGUACCAACCUUAGUUCCAAAUAUUGAAACAGCGGCAAACGUGGUAGUGUAUCAACCUUAGUACCAAAUUGUAAAACAUUGACAGACGCACUACCACUUGAACCAAAUAAUGAAACAUUGAAAGUUAUAUCAUCACAUCAUCCUUAGUAUUAACUAGUGUAACAGAGAGACAAAUGUAUUUCCACACCAAAUAACCCAAGUAAAAUAUAGCGUGACAGACGCACUACCACAUCAAGUUAAUACAAAUGGUAAAACCGCUGUAUUUUCAAAUCAACUUUAGUGCCAAGUAGUUAAAUCGUGUCAAACGUAUUACUACAUUAACCUUAGUACUGAAUAGUGAAACCGUGGCAGAUGUAUCAAACCGUGACAGGAGUAUGAAAUCGUGACAGAAGCACUUUUGUAUUAAUGAAACUGCAACAUCAACUUUAAAUCAAUAUUUCAUGAUGGGAAAUUUACUCUUAAAGCUUUGUGUAAUAGUUAUAGUACCAAAUUCACCUAAUGCUUGGUACCGGGGAUGGAGUUGUUGAGUAAUAAGGAGUCGCAAUAUCAGUGCAGCUUCCACCAAAUUUGAAAGCUCAACCCAAAAAUGUGACAAAUAGUAAAUCAAUGAGCAAAUUAAUAAUAAUAAAAAAAAAUAUCAGUUUCGUCGACAAGACCAAUGUGUGUGCCAAAAAGUGAAACAAGUAUAUAUUCAUUACAAGGAUACUUUGGUGAAUCAGGGUAGACUGAAAACAUCCCCACAAGCGUUAGACAAUGCAACAUGGAGAGCAAACAUACAAUACUGUCAACAAAGCUUGCGAUUGUUAUCAUAAACGGUGAAACAGAGAAUGUCUAAUUGCAAUAUCGUGCACGUCAACACCAUCAAAUGAUAUUACUUUGGGAGAUUUUAUUGAUGAUCUGGUGAACUUGUUAUCAAACCUUCAACUUGUGAAUUAUUACGAAAAACAAGUUGUGUAUCCAGAGCUUUUGAUAGAUGUACUGUUUAGCACAUAAAAGAUGGAUUGCAACAAAAUACAUAGCAUUCUCUCAUAUCAUUCUCUCAAAUGUGAAAUGAAGGGAAAUCAUGGUGCAUUACUUACUCGGUUUUGUGAUUUCAUCGAAAGAAGAAAAUAUAUGAGAGAAAGCAUUUUCUAAAAUUACGAUUUAAUUUGAUUACAUACCAUCGAUAAAUUGUAUGACGAACAAUAUUUCGUUCAGUUUCCAACAUGUCGUGACAUUUAUCUUAGCUUGCUUCCAAACUUUGCUUGUCAGUUUACAAAUUAGGAUGUAGUCUUGAUUGCUUUGUUUCGUUACGAGAUAAUGUUGAUUAUAGUGAACAUGAAUGUGCCAAUAUCUUAUAUCAGAUGUGUAUUUAAUCAAAACAGAAAUCAAAUGUUUUGUCUAGAUACAUUCACGUCAUUGUAACAAAUACAGUGGCAAAAUCUCGGAUACCUUGGAUAGACUCAACGUCGGCAUUAAAGAACGUUGUAUAUUUAAAGAGAGACAGUAGUGUCUGUCAAAUACGUAUUGGCUGUAUUCUGUUAUUAUCGCCAAAAUAGGAUAAUUUGUCUAUUGGUCUUAACGCGAGUGUUUGCUAUGAUAGUACUGGUGUAGACUGGUAAUCA